AUAAUGAUGCUAAUUUAUCAGUGUUGAUAAUUAUAAGUUCUGAAGUAUUGAGUUGAACAAAUAACUAUUUGUUAUUUACUCAUCAAUAUAUAGUUUAAAAAAAGAAAUAUAUCAUUAAUCGCGUAAUUAUAUGUUCUAUGAGUUCUGUGUUAUUUUUUUAGUGAUAAUAUUAGUUUUCGACGACUGAUGAUGUAAUUUACUCAGUUUUACUGGUUUUUUUUAAGAUACUAGUAUUUUGAAACUUGUUGAACUGUUAAUGGCUUCAAAUUUAAUCCAUAAUUUAUUUCUAUAGUAGACAAAAGCUGUCAUAUUAUCAAUUCAAUGAUUAAAAUUCAACUUAACUUAAAUAUAAAGUCAACUUGAAUUUAAGCUAUUUUGAUUUUAAGAAUGUUUGAUCUCAAAUAUUGCUGGAAAAAUUACUGAUUCCAUGUAUCCAACAAAUACAAUAAUUUUAGUUUAACAGUUUGUAAAAAGAAAAAAUUUGAUUACCUAAUGAAGCAAAAAAUAGUUCAUUAAUAAUAAAACUUAAUCAUUAUGUGUUCAAUAGUUGAAAAUACUAAUGGCAGAGUAAUAUCUCCUUCAAAUCAAAAUUUUUUUCAACUAACUGUAACCAUUGAAUGCGCACAUUUAAAAAACAGUGGAGGGUUAAUCAAACCACAUCCUUAUGUUGAAUUUAGUGUUGAUGAUUUUAAAAGGCAUAAAACAGAAGUAAUUAAAAAUACAUAUCAACCUAAGUGGAAUGAAGAGUUUACGGUUUUAGUAACUCCAUAUUCAAUUUUACAUUAUCGUGUACUAGACUAUUGCAAAUUUCAAAAAGAUGUACUUAUUGCUGAAAAAAGUAUAAGCCUUUAUGACAUAUUGAGUCAUUACAAUGGUAUCUGUGAUAAUUUAGAGUUGACUAUAGAUUUAAUGAAAACUCGUCAUCAUGAUCUAGCAUCUAGUUCAUCAUCUACCAAUAAUUUUGUUAAAGUUGGUGAACUAAUAACAAUGCUUCAUGGGUUUCAAAUUGAUAUGUCACAAGUAUUAAUGCCUUCCAGGGAUCCUAGUACUAGUACAAGCAGUGCACCAAGAUUGUCUGAAAGUGAUUUUAGUUGUGGAGUAAGGGCUCGUAAUCGAACAACAGUUGCAGUUACAACCCCUGAAACAACAACGGAUCCAAAUUUGCUUACUAGUCACUUGAUUACACAAUCAACUAACAAUAAUGUUCGUACACCUACUAUUACAACAAUACACACACCUACUGUGGAGUCAUCAAUUACAGUUCAUCAUCAAAAUGGUGCUUUAUCGUUGCCAGUAGAAGAACCAUUACCUUCAGGAUGGGAAAUGAGAUUUGAUGCCUUUGGACGGCAGUAUUAUGUUGACCAUAAUACAAAAUCAACUUCUUGGGAAAGACCUCAACCUUUACCACCUGGUUGGGAAUUAAGAAGAGAUAACCGAGGUCGGAUUUAUUAUGUAGAUCAUAACACUAGAACCACAACUUGGCAACGACCUAAUACAGAACGUUUGCAGCAUUACCAACACUGGCAAGGUGAACGUGCUCAUGUAGUUCAACAAGGAAAUCAAAGAUUCCUUUAUCCACAACAUGCAUUAGGAACUGGAUCAGGUCCAAAUAAUAGACAAACUUCAGGUAUGCCAGCUAAUCCAACUACUGAAGAUGAUGACAGAAUGGGUCAGUUACCAAACGGGUGGGAAAAACGGGUACAACCUGAUGGAAGAUGUUAUUUUGUGAAUCACAAAAGUCGAAUUACUCAAUGGGAAGAUCCACGUACACAAGGGACUGAACUAAUUAUUGACAAUUCAGAUCUUCCCACUGGUUGGGAAGUUAGAAGAACUACAGAUGGUGUUCGUUACUUUGUAGAUCAUAAUACUCAUACAACUACUUUUGAAGACCCUCGUACUAACGUUUCUGCUAUUCAAUGUACCACUGGUCCUUAUGGCGUUCCAGCUGCAUACGAACGAUCUUUUCGUUGGAAGCUUAGUCAAUUUCGUUAUUUAUGUCAAAGUAAUGCAAUAUCUAGCCACAUUAAAAUAACAGUAUCAAGGCAAACAUUAUUUGAAGACUCAUAUCAUCAAAUUAUGAGGUCUGCUGCAUAUGAAAUGAGAAAACGUUUAUACAUAGUAUUCCGAGGAGAAGAAGGGUUAGAUUAUGGUGGUGUUUCAAGAGAAUGGUUUUUUCUUCUAUCACAUGAAGUUCUUAAUCCAAUGUAUUGUCUUUUUGAGUAUGCUAAUAAAAAUAAUUACAGUUUACAAAUAAAUCCAGCAUCAUAUGUUAAUCCAGAUCAUUUAUUGUAUUUUAAAUUUAUUGGUCGUUUUAUUGCUAUGGCUUUGUAUCAUGGACGUUUUAUUUAUUCUGGGUUUACUAUGCCAUUUUACAAAAGAAUGUUAAACAAAAAGCUAACUAUGAAAGAUAUAGAGUCAAUUGAUCCAGAAUUCUAUAAUUCACUAGUUUGGGUGCGGGAUAAUAAUUUAGAAGAAAGUGACAUAGAAAUGUAUUUUGGUGUAGAUUUUGAAGUACUUGGACAAGUUGUUCAUCAUGAACUAAUAGAAAAUGGUGAUAAAGUCAAAGUUAAUGACCAAAAUAAAGAUGAGUACAUAAGGCUAAUGACUGAAUGGCGUAUGACUCGUGGAAUUGAAGAACAAACUCAGGCUUUACUUGAUGGGUUUAAUGAAGUUGUAGCUUUAGAAUGGCUGAAGUAUUUUGAUGAACGUGAACUUGAGCUUAUGCUUUGUGGUAUGCAAGAAAUUGAUGUUGACGAUUGGCAACAACAUACAAUUUACAGACAUUACAAUAGAAACAGUAAACAAAUCAAUUGGUUUUGGCAGUUUGUAAAACAAGCUGAUAAUGAAAAACGUGCACGACUUCUUCAAUUUGUAACUGGAACUUGUAGAGUACCCGUAGGAGGUUUUGCUGAGUUAAUGGGAAGUAAUGGUGCACAAAGAUUUUGCAUUGAAAAAGUUGGUAAGGAAACAUGGCUCCCCCGAUCACAUACAUGUUUCAAUCGCUUAGACUUACCACCAUAUAAAAGCUAUGACCAACUAGUUGAAAAACUUAACUAUGCUAUUGAGGAAACUGAAGGUUUUGCUCAAGAAUGAAAAAUUAAAUUAUUAUUUUUUAAUUAAUGGUUCUAACAUUUUUAUGAUUAAAAUUUUUAAAACAUGUACAUAGAUUAUAUGCUGUGUAGUACUAUAAAGAAAAACUACAAUUAUAUAAAUAUAUAAAGGACUUA